UAUUCAGCCCGGCAUAUUCCUUUAAUAGAUGUACACUCUAUGGAGUAUUUAAACAUAUUGAGCAUUUAAACCUUUUUAGAAUAAAGACAGAUUAUUACCUCAAUUGGUAAUGUGGAAAUAAAUGUGAUCAGUGUUAAAACACAGACAAGUACCACACUGAAAUCAUCAAUUCAGGGAUAUAUAUAUAUACUUCAGGAAUAUUUUGUUGGUCAUCAGUUUAACCCCAAAAUAAUAAUCAAUUAGAGAUUAUAGCAAAGUAUAAAUCUGUUUGUUAUGUGUCUAGAUUAUCCAUUAUGUUUCAAUAGAUUUUUAUUAAUUCCACCAGCAACUGAUAUUAAUCUGAUAUAACUUCUGAGUGGUACGUCUCAGUCUUUUGCGCUCAGCUGGUGUGAUACCUCUGUGAUAUCAAAAGAACAAGCUUUAAGUACUCGGAUUUUCCAUGAACCACCGUACAAACUAAAUAUUACAUUACAGAUAGGUCAGUUGUUGACACACAAUAAAUAAAUAAAUAAGUGAUAUUCUGUACCCUUAAGAAGAAGUCCAACAUUACAAAAGACUCUGAGCACUUCAAGAAUAAACUAUUACCUGGAUAUAUUAACCUAGCAAUACGAUUAAAAUAUAAUGAAUAUAUUUCCAAAGUGCAGAGGGCUACUGAAUUCAUACAAGCAUAAUGGUAAAAAACAAACAAUAUAACUGAACAGAAGUAGGGCAAGUGAAGUAAAUAUUCCAACCACUGUGUCAUUCCCCGCCAUCACCUUUAUUUUCAUUUUCUAUUUUUAUCUGCAAGGCUGAGUAAGCUGCCUAAUAAAGAGCACAUUACUUCCAUUCUUUAAUCAUUUUGUUUUUGAUGUUAGGUUAAGUAAGGGAAAAUACCGAAUUAAUCAAAGGAAAUUGAACUACCUUUCACAUUUCUCUUUUUUUACUUUGUAUCUCUCUAUACUUUCUAAGUCCCUACAUAUUUAUAAGAAUUUUUAAAUCCUAUUUCUCAAACGGGAUUACAGAGUUCUCUGUGUUUGACGACCGGAACAGGCUUAAGAUAAAAUCUACACUUUGUCACAGUAAAUGGAAGCAGUGCACUAUUUAUGCAAAAGAAAAAUAAAGAAAAAAAGAUGCAGUUCUAUUAACAGAACGUUAUAAGAGAUUUUUCCUUUACACAGUUUACUGGAACAUAUGUAAACAAUUUGUUAUGAAAAAUGUAGUUAUUGUUCUUGGUGUUGCCAUGACAAAACCAUUUCUUUCUAAAAUCUGUUUAUUUUUGUCUGUACUAAAUUAUCUCAAUUAAUCCAUCCUUUCUCAAUUGAUUAGAAAGAGUACAGUGUAACAAACACUUAUCAACCACGUUUAACCUAUUUCCCCGCCGUUAACAGUAGACUAAUCAUUGAACAGAAACUUCAACCACUAUACACUCAUGCAUGAUGUGUCAAACCAACCUGUUUUCAAUACUGUUAAAUAACAGUUAGUUUUUCCUAUGCAAAACAUCUCUGAGUCAUUAGAAUACAUAGAGAGAGUACUGUCACAUUUUACACUUUUAAUUAAGUUUAUCAUUAAUUAAUUGUAAUAAAUUCAAUUAAUUGUAAUAAAUGCAAAUGUGAACUGUGAUGUUUUGUCUUCUAAAAUGUAGAUAAAAGAUCCAGUGAAAAUGGUAACAGGGAGUUAUUUGGACAUUAUUUCAAAUGGCUAAACAAUUUAAGAAAGAACAAAUCAGAAUUCACCUGCAAGUGUGAUUGGAUUUGGUAUAUUAGAAUAGUAAUUUGAUGACUAACUUAAAUGAACAAAUCAUAAAGUGUUUACUUAAUAACAUAUGUGCUGCACUAAUUAUGAGAAACAGUUCCUAUUUUCUUAAAUGGAUAACUAUGUAGAUGAAAUAGAAUAGAUUGCUGUUGUAGUGAGAAAAUAUGAAAGUUAAUUUUAUUAAGCACAUGUGACAGAAACAAGCUUCAAGGACAACCUGAAGUGCGAUAGUGAGGUAGAUUUCAGUUCCUGCAGUGUUAAACAGCUAUUCAGAGCCUAAACACAUGAGAAUCGUCCCCAUUGGCCUGUGAAAAAAGGUUUAAACAUUCAGUAGAGAGAAGUGAUUAAACAGACUUUAGUUUGGGGCAGAAGUAAGUCUGGUCUAUGUUAUAGACUGAUGGUAGAAAAGCAUGGUAACAGUGUAGACCAGCAAAAUCAGCAAAAAAAAAGAUUUUUACUAUCUGCCAAAGUAUGCACAGCAAACCCUUGACUUCAUUUUUAACUAUUUGACAGCUAACGUAAAUCAGGUUCAGAGCAAUUUUUACAUGAUUUGAAAUAAGCAGGGUUUUAACUUAAGGAUUUUGAUAUUAGAACAAGAAAGACACACCAUAACUGAAUGAUCCUACAGUUUUUUUUUUUUUUUUUUUUUUCCAUUGUGGGUGCAAUGGAAAAAUGUGACAACCAGUGGCGGAGGAAGUUCUUGUAAGUUUGGGGGUAAAUGUCACCUUGUCUUUUGGGUGAAGUUUCAGUCUCUAUUUCCUCUCGUUUGAGGGUAACACACAGUUUCAACACUAUACUACAGUAUUGCUGUCAUGUUCUGGCACAUGGAAGUUCUCUCAGCUCUCCUAUGUUUGCUGUUACCUCUCCUAAAUGCAAGCGCGUCAACAGUUUGUCAACCAGGUCAGUUCCGCAAUUACAAUACAAAUAAAUGUGAGCCCUGUCCAGUCAAUCAAUACAGUUCUAAAAGUGGAACAGACAUUUACUGUGAUAACUGCAGCACAUGUAAAAAAGGUAGUACAGUCGUCGAGGAGUGCACACAAACCAAAGACACUCACUGCAAGUGUAAGAGUGGUUUUAAGCCCAGGGAUGUGCUAAAGGAAGAGAUUUGCUUUUGUGACAAGGGUGAUGGACUGAAUGAUAAAGGAGACAAAUGCGAGAAAUGUAGCAAUGGCCAUUUCACCGAUAAAAUUGACUCGAUUUGUCGAAAAUGGAAAGAAUGUAAAAGUGGUGUUAAGAUUCCAGGCAGCAGCACCUCUGAUGCUGUCUGCAAUGAACCAUUAGAUGGGGUGACAGAAGCUCCCACAACCAGUUCCAAAUCCUUGUUACAGACGACCACCAUAUCUUCAACUACCUCUUCAACCACUACAACCUCCCCUCCCCAGAACAGACACAACUUCUACAUCUUGUGUCCGGUCUUGAUAUGCGCUGGUAUUCUUCUGCUGACUGGACUCUUGUGCAAGUGGAAAGUUACUCACUGCAUUCAUAACCACAAGAAAGAGGCUUCUCGACAAGAAAGUGUAUGCAGGAAGCCUGUUGAAGAAUCUGGUGAGAAGUGCCUCUCCUUGCUUGUCUAACACAGUCUUUAACAUCUACAAUGUUUGGUUUUGUGGAGUGUUUUGGGUAGCACUUUACAUCAUUGUUCCCUUUGUUAAGGGUUAAUGGGUUUAUUAAUGACUUAUAAUUCAUUUACAAAUCCAUUAUAGACCAUUGAUAUGCAGUUAUAACAACAUGCAUAAAAAGGGUGACUUUCGUGCAAUACCUGCCAAAUAGUGAGCCAUUUUACCUCACUUGUUAUAAAUGCUUCUUAGUAUUAGUAGUAAUAGUAGAUAUGAAAUUCCUAGCCAACUUAAACACAGUAAAUUGUGCGCAUUGUAAUUGUGAUUUUAGCUUACAUUGUAGAGGAAGGCUUUCGGAUUUCUGAUUUUCUUUCUAAUUAUUUUUAUUAUUGUUGUUUAUAUUUUCUACAAGUUUCAGUGAAUGUUAUGUUGAUUAUGUUGUUUUAUGUAAAUACAGUCAAUGAGAAAUGUAGCUUACAUUAGGGCUUGAUUAAUUUCCAUUUGAAUUCAGAUGACUCGUAAAAUUAUAGCCACGAAUUGAUUUCAAUUCAUUACUUGGAAGUCAACGUAGUAGUCUGCUGAUUAGUGAAUCUGAAUCGUUAACUUCACGUUUACCAAGUUGGCAUUGCAGUCGAUAGCUGUAGGUAGAAUUAUUGAUGCUGUGACCUUAUAGUCAUUUCCACUGUGCCACAGUUGUUUACCACAGACAUGUCCUGUGGUGACUCAUACGUUACCUGAGAGAAAUACUGUAUGACGAAUUAUUGUAACGAUUUUCCCAUAUUUAGGUGGGCUAAGGACAACUUCUGAGAAUCUUUCCUUUUGUUUGUUUGUUUGUAUAGCCUCGUCAUGAGGGUCAAAUUUUGUUUCUGUGAAAUGAA